GUUACGAGGGCGUUACAACUGCUAUUGCCUUCGUUCCGUGAUAUCAAUUGAGCGCGCCAAUCAUCAAUCAAAACAUUUCAAACGACACCAGAAAAAACAACAAUUCAGUCGGCCAAAGACAUGACGAUAGAGAAAAUAAUGAGUCUGCACCCUUUCUUUGACAGCCAGCAGACAAUACUUGAGGAUCUGGAUCAAAUUACAGUGGAUGUGGUACAAGAGUUGCGUUCCAUCAAGGAAGAUCAUGUCGAAUUGAAGCAAAUAAUGUCCAAUAUACUCGAAGAAAACCAAAACUUAACCACCGAGCUAAACGAAUUAUUGUCUUCCAGAGAAGAUAGUAUUCGCAGAAAACAAGACGAUAUGACAGACAAUUUGAGACAACAGAUUAGCUCAUUGUUGUUAGAGAAAGAACAAGUUGCAACUUUAUGGCAGGAGUCUGUGGCCUCUAUGGGAGAAUUUAAAAAUGUCAAGGGGCUUGCGCCCGGUGAAUUUGUGCCAAAAAUAGAUUUUGAACAGAUGAAAAACUUUUACGAGCAAAAAAUCAGCGAGCUAGAAAUUAAUUUGAAAACAGUACAAAAACGACUGGACAGCCAAUUACAACCUGCUAGGAGUGAGGUAUUGGUUAAGGAUAUGGUGAAUAUCUUAGAAACUGAGUCUGGAGCAAUGCAGAUCGUAAAAAAUUUAGAGGAAGAGGUUCUAGCUCUUCAGAAUAGAUUGCAACAAUUAGAGAGGUCUAAGGUGAAACUAGAAAAAUUAUUGAAAGAGAAGGAUCAAUUUAUAAAUAAUGUUUUAGAUAAAAAUAGAGAAUGUCAAGAGAAGGUUUGUGAGGCUGUUCAAAUAGUAGAAGCAGCUCUAAUAGAGAAAGAUGCGGCACUUUAUAGAGAAAAAGAAACUAGAGACCAGAUGCAGAAAAUUAAUCAGGAUAUAGAUGAUAUCGUGAAAGAUACAGAAUUCAAAAUUAAAGUAGAAGUAGCUAACGUAAAGAGUCAAUACGACAAAAGGUGCCAAGAGUUGGAAGAUAUGCUGAGAACAGCUCAGGAAGAGUUGAGGAUAAAAUCACUAGAAAUUGAGAAAUAUCAAACUAAAUGCGAAUUGUUUGAAAGUGAGUUGGAUAAGUUUAGAAAAGGAAAUUAUGAUUUUAGCGAAAGCAAUGGUUCUAAGUUGUUGAUUUUGGAGAAAAAUCUGGAAUCAACGUUUCAAAAAUUGUUGCUUUCAGAGAAGUGCAACAUUCAAUUGUCUUCCGAAAAGGAGGUUAUCAAAAGGGACAUGGAACAGCUUGCGGAACAUUACGAAAGGAUACUGAAAGCCAAAGACGUUGAAAGACUGACUUUAGAGAGCAAAGUUAAGACGUUGGUAACCAGACUAGAUGAAGUUCAGUUAGAUAAUUCAGGACUCGAGAAAAAGUUGACGCAGGUCAUUGGAGAAAAUGAUAAAAUAGGGAAGGAGCUAAUGAUUGAGAGAGAUGAUAGGAAAAGGCAAGAAAAAACUUACCAUGAACAAAUCAAGGAGCUUACAAAGACCUACGAUGACAAAAUCAAUGUAUUGCAACUCCAACUGGAAUCAAAACUCAAAGUUCACAACAAAUGGGUGUCUGAGACCAAAAACAUAAUAGAAAAUUUGGAAAAAUUGGUAAUAGACUUGAAACGCGAGGUUCACAGGUUGAGAAAAGAAAACAAACGACUAGAUAAUGAGUUGAAGAAUAGUAAACAGAAGCUUGGAAAGUGUAAAGAAUAUUUGAAGAUGAUAUCCAGGGAUGUAGAUAAUAUAACCUGUCUUAGUGUUGACAGGAAGCCUGAAACGUUGAGCGAAGAUGUAGUCACUAGGUGACAGUUGCUGAAGUUUUGUAUCGUUUUUUUUUAUAUUUUGUAUAAUAAAAUGUUGCUUACUCAGUUUUGUGUAACAAAACUCGUAUUAGUUGAUUUCUUCGGUGGAAAAUACAGAUGACUUAAAUGAGUUUUCUUUUAGUGUAUGAAACAUCCCUUAAAACCAUAUGGGAAACGGCUUUCUCACUAAUGUGUUGGAUAUAAAAUAUAUUUUUAU